AAAAAAAAAAAAAAAAUCCUCUGACGUCCCCUCUCUUGACGUCAUCACUACGCGUCCACAACACAACGCAGGUCUGCUUGUCUCACACCUUGAAGAUCAGACUGAGCAUCUCCUAACAACAUAGACACAUUCAUCCUUCAACCUGCUGUUUUUCUGAGCUAUGCUGGCUAAACCAGAGGAAAGGGGGCUGCAGAAAGGAGGAGGAAAGAAGAGGAAACAUCCUCAUGAAAAUGGAGGAGGAGGAGAGAGGAAGAGGAGGGGAGGUGAAGAAGGAGAACACAGUCAGGCGGACGGUGACAGGAAGCGCCUGGAUGCCCUGAGUGUGGGAUAUUUCCGCAGAGUUGGGGAAAGACUCGGUGAAGGCUUUGAAGAUAAUGAGGAGAGAGAGAUUUUUGUGGAAAACGUCCUCACUGAAGUCAAAGGUAAAGGGACCCUGGUGGCGAUGGACCGGACAGGAAGCAUCACGCUGCAGCAUCUACUCCCUCUCUCCAGCCCUGACCAGGUAGCAGAGGUCUUGGCUGAGCUGGGUGGGGAAUCAGGGUCUGAAUUCAAAGCGGUAUCUUGUGACCGCUGUGGGGGCCAUGUGGUGGAGAGUGCUAUCAGACAGAUGUCCAGGUGGUCAGAGUCGUCACAGAAGGAGCCAUCUGCUGCAACAGACGAACAAGAAGAGGAGGAGGUUUGUGGAUUAUUGGAGGCCCAGGUGUUGUCUGUCAGCCAGGUGGUGAGAGAAAACAGCGCAGAGUUCAUCAAGCACGUUCACGGCUCACAUGUGGUCCGUACACUUUUACACGUGCUGGCUGGCUGCCUUGGACCACCACGCACGGAGGCUCGUCCAGGUGCAAAAGAACGAAACAUUUCUCCUCAGCUGACUGACUUUGAGAUUCCCACGUCCUUUUGGUACGAGCUGAAAAGCCUCACAGAGACCUUGAUGGACAACGUGAACCUAAGUGUGACAGAUGCUGCAGCCAGCGCAGUGUUUCAGACCAUGCUGACAGUUUGUCACCGAAAACGGCCCAAACUCUGCAAACAGCUCCUCAAACGCAUCAUGGAGUAUCUGACGAGUCGCAGUGCGGCUCCAGGAGUCAGUCCACUCCUGGUUUUUCUCAAGGACCAGGCUUCCAGUCGCCUAAUAGAGACCAUCAUACAGCUUUCCCACAAGGCCCUUCUUCGAGAUCUCUAUAAGAGUCACCUGAAGGGUCACCUGGUUGACUUGGCCCUCCAUCCCAUCGCCAACUUCCCCAUACAAAGAAUUACGGCGGCCUCUGCCAAAUACAAACUGUUUCUAAAGCUAUUUGAUGAGCUCAUUGAAGGUUUGGAGGCCAUCUUGGCCACAGGUCACAUGGGUGUGAUCGUCCAGCUGGCACAGAGCUGUGCAGAGAGCGGGGAGAAACAGGCAGACUUGAUGCAGAGCCUCCUCCAUGCGUUUCACUGCGCUGAGCCUGGCUCUCGACACGUCAGCUGCCUCCCUCUCUUCAUGUCCCUGCUCACCUAUGAGGUGUACUACAACACUGAGACAGCAGAGGGCAGCACGCAGACAGAGGUCCCGCUGUCCUCCAUCUGUUACCAUGGCUCCCUCCUCGUCCAGGCGCUGUCCAGGUUCAAAGAACGCUCGCUCCUCCUCAGCAGUCUGCGCACUCUGACCCCCGCUGACCUCCUGAACUUGGCCUCUGACCCCUCAGGUAGCCAUGUGCUGCAGGCUCUCAUCACCACAUCGAGCGACAAGGGAAGGGGGAAGAUCCUCAAGAGACUCGAGGGCCAGUUUGUUCAGAUGGCGUGCUCCAGGUUGGGCAGUCGGGUGCUGGAGGCCAUAUGGAACAGCGCCUCAGUCAGUCACAGGCAGAACAUCGCACAGGAACUUGCGUCGAAUGAAAACCAGCUGAGGUCGGACCAGUUCGCUCGUCACGUGUGGGCAAAAUUCGCCCUUUCUCACUUCAUCCACAGGAGAGCACACUGGCAGGAAAUCCAGACUGGAGAGUCCAAGAAGAGGAAGCUGUUUAGUGAUAUUCUUGAUUAAAAAUGUAUAUUUAUAUGAUCUGUUAGUGUUUUUACUAUGACAUUUAAUUAAAAAGUUAAAGAAGACAA